AUGCACGGCGACGGUGGAUACCAACCACCACAACCACCAGCAGGUGGAUACCAACCACCACAACCACCUGCGGGAGGAUACCAAUCACCUCAGCCUCCAUCAGGAGGUUACCAACCCCCACAGCCACCCUCAGGUAGCUACAGCGGCGGAGUCGCUCCACCGCCAAUCAGUCCACCAGCGUCCGGAGGAUAUUCCCAGACGUCGCCUUACAGGAAAAUGCAGAGAAAGUUCGUGGUGUCCCGAAGAAAAGUAGCCCGACAUUUCCGCCGAGCAUAA